CAUCACCUGAAGAAACUUGAAGGUCGCAGAUUGGAUUAUGACUACAAAAAAAAGCGCCAGGGGAAAAUACCAGAUGAGGAGCUGCGACAAGCUUGGGAAAAGUUCAUUGAGUCUAAAGAUGUGGCAGAGACCAGCAUGCUCAACCUUCUGGAUACUGAUGUGGAGCAAGUCAGUCAGCUUUCAGCAUUGGUGGAAGCGCAGUUGGAUUAUCACAGGCAAACUGUGCAAAUUCUGGAUGAAUUAUCUGACAAGUUAAAGGACAGAGUUCGUGAAGCCUCCUCUAGACCUAAAAGAGAAUAUAAACCUAAGUCCACAGAAACCUAUGAUUAUUCUGACAAUGAACAGUCCAACGGUGGAAUCUCAUGCAACUCUUCAGUCAAGGCACCAGUUUCAUCCUCAUUUCGCUCAGAAAAACCAGCCAAAGCACCAAGCAUACGCAGCUCAAACACUUGUAAACACAUGUCAACGCAACAUGUGCAAACGCAUCCGGGCCGGUGCGAUCACAUGACGAGUGCCGGUGAUGUGAGCGCGACGGGUGAAAGCCGGGAUACGGAGACUAUGGCUGGGGACGAGCUGGCAUCCAGGUUGAACCGUUCAGAAGAAGACAUGAAGGGAAUUUUCAAACA